AUGAAGCUCCUCUCCUUAUCCUUCCUCUUUUUCACCGCCGUACUUGGCAAAGAAAUCAGCAACCCAGCCCGCCAGGCCAAAUAUGUCUCCGGUGACGUCCACCGCACCAUUAUGAAGAACAAGAACACCAGUUUCGACAAAUCACGGGCUGAAGGUUUAUUCAAUUCUUCAAUAUACCCAAAGAUCGACACCUACACGCCUUGCGUCGACGGGUAUGCAGGUUCUGGGAUCAACACCACUUUUAGGUGCAAUAAUAUUGACCUAAGAUACUUUGUCCCUCAUGUCGAGCUUGGUAGCGCGACAGGCGAGGGUAGUAGCUCGUGGGGAUGGACCUCGGACGACGGUAGAGAAUUUAUUAUAAUUGGACAGGCCGAUGGUGCAGCCUUCGCUGAAGUGACUGAGGACGGGGCGUUGGAUUAUAUCGGGAGGUUGCCAAAUACGAAGGGGAGUGAUCCCAUAAUUUGGAGGGAAAUUCGUGUGCUGAAGCAUUAUGCGAUCAUUGGCUCGGAGGCAGAAUACCACGGUGUCCAGAUUUUCGACUUGAAAAAGCUUAUUGAGCUUAAGCCUUCCAGGGACGAGCCCUGCACAUCACCAAAAGUCUUUGACCCCGAGACAGAUGUCACAGGAAUGUUCACAGACCUGCCGCUUGGUGCGUCCCACAACAUUGUCAUCAACGAGGACUUCGGAUAUGCCGUAAGUGUUGGCGCCCGCCCUCGCAACUCCACCUGUGCAUCCGGACUCAUCUUCAUCGAUCUAUCCGAUCCCACCCACCCCACCAGCCCAGGCUGUGCUUCACAGGACGGCUACGUCCAUGAUGCUCAGUGCCUCGAGUAUAAGGGCCCCGACACAAAAUAUCUUGGCCACGAUAUCUGUUACGGAUACAACGAGGACACACUCACGAUCUAUGACGUGACCGACAAGAAGAAUUCGAGCAUUAUCUCCAGAACUUCGUACGAGGGCGCAAUGUACACCCAUCAAGGAGCGUUACUGGACACUGAAUGGCAGGAGUUUUUGUUGAUGGACGACGAGUAUGAUGAGUUCGAAGAGUCUGGCCUAGCGGCAGAUGGACUUCCAGUAACCUUUAUCUGGAAUAUCUCCUCCCUCGAAAGACCCCUGCAGACGGGUUACUACAAGUCCGACACACGCUCCAUCGACCACAACCAGUACAUCAAGAACGGCUUCGCAUUCCAGUCCAACUACGGAGCCGGGCUGCGUGUCCUGGAUGUAUCGAGUAUUCCAGAGCACCCUACAGGUGCCGGUGUCCAGGAGGUCGGCUUCUUCGAUGUAUACCCCGAAGAUGAUGCAAUCGGUGGGGUGAUCGAGUUUGUGGGUACGUGGAGUAGCUAUGCAUUGUUUGAGAGCGGCUGGAUUGUGAUCAAUACCAUUGAGAGGGGCGUGUUUGUGGUAAGGAUGCAGGACAAGCAUUACGGUGAUGGCUGGGAGGAGUAUGAAGAUGAUGAGGGCACUGAUGGUGAGAAUACUGAUGGUGAGGAUGACGAUGGUGAGGAUGACGAUGGUGAGGAUGAUUAUAACGGUCGAAAUAAGACCAGCAAGGGGUAG